AUGACAAAAAGAGAUAUUCAUUUUGAAUCACAGGGCUUAAAGUGCGCUGGAACCCUAUAUCUUCCUCGGGCAGAUGACAAGAGGCCAGUCAUAGUAAUGGCUCAUGGACUCGGAUGUAUCAAGGAGAUGCGGCUAGAUGCUUUCGCAGAGGCAUUUAGUAUUGCCGGUUACGCAUGCCUACUUUUUGACUACAGAUAUUUUGGAGCUUCUGAGGGAGAGCCCAGACAACUCUUGGAUAUUGAGUCUGAGAUUAAUGACUGGAAAGCUGCAAUUGCUUACGCUAGAAGCAUUGAGGAAGUCGAUAACGAGAAGAUCAUAAUAUGGGGCUCAUCAUUUUCUGGUGGCCAUGUAUUACGAUUGGCCGCAAUGGAUGAAAAGAUUCUGGCUGUCGUUGCUCAAUGUCCAUUCACUGACGGUAUAUCAUCCAGCAUGAAAUUGAAUUUGAUGUCAUCGAUGAAGUUGGGAACGCUAGCUGCCUGGGACUUGGUAGGAUCCAAGAUAGGUAGAAAUCCAGUCUAUGUUAAGUCUGCAGGAAAACCAUCUGAAGCUGCCUUAAUGACUGGCCCAGACUGCGAAGAUGGGUACUUCAAAUUAAUUCCAGACGGGGACGCAAAGGAUAGGUUCCAAAACAAAGUUGCCGCAAGGUUCGUAUUCCAGAUUAUGCGUAGCGCACCUGGGAAGAGCGUACCGAAAAUUAAGUGCCCUGUGCUCUUCUGUAUCUGCGACAAUGAUACCGUAGCGCCAGCAAACAAAACGUAUGAAUAUGCCUCAAAGGCGCAGAAGGGUGUGAUAAAACGGUACCCAUUGGGUCAUUUUGAUAUAUACGUUGGCGAAGGCUUUACAACUGCGGUUCAUGAUCAGCUCCAGUUUUUGUACGAAAAAGUGCCAGUGAGUUCAUCGACACCUCGCUGA